ACCCAUCGAGGAAUGAUAAUGGUAGUCGACUAGUCGCUCUCUCAUGGAAGUUUCGUAAUGGAAAUUCAGUCUCUUCUCUCUGUUUCACCUCCUCCUUGCCUUACACAUACUACCAAAACGAGUGGUUUCAGGGUUUUCUGCCACCAGAAAGAUUCUGAAAAUCGAGCUUUAGCUCGCAAGAUAAUUCGGAAGUGGAAGCAGGAACAAGGUUUUGAUCACAAUGAUAGUUAUGCAGCUUGUGCUACAUUGGUACAAGAUUUAAGUCGAAAAAGAAUGCCUUAUCUAGCUCAGGAGGUUUUACUUGAGAUGGAAUCUGAAGGUUUUCUGCCGAACAGCUCUACAUUGUCGGCUCUGAUGCUAUGCUAUGCAGAUAAUGGCCUCUUUCCGCAAGCACAGGCAAUAUGGGAGGAAAUAAUAAAUAGUUCUUUUGUGCUAAGUAUUCAAAUAGUCUCAGGCUUAUUUGAUGCAUAUGGGAGGAUGGGACAUUUUGAUGAAGUAACCAAAAUUUUGGAUCAGGUAAGUUCAAGGGAUCUUAGUUUGUUACCUGCAGUUUACUCGAUGGCCAUCUCUUGCUUUGGAAAAGGAGGACAGCUUGAAUUGAUGGAAAACACUUUAAAGGAAAUGGUUUCUAGGGGUUAUAUUGUAGAUUCUGCCACUGGUAACGCCUUCAUUAGAUAUUAUAGCAUCUUUGGUUCACUGACACAGAUGGAGAAUGCUUAUGGCCGCUUUAAAAGGUCUAGGCUUCUACUAGAAGAAGAAGGAAUUAGGGCGAUGUCAUUUGCAUAUAUAAAGGGAAGGAAGUUUUACAAAUUAGGCGAGUUCCUGAGCAAUGAGGGUCUUGGUCGGAAAAAUGUGGGGAAUCUUUUAUGGAACCUUCUGCUGCUAUCCUAUGCUGCCAAUUUUAAAAUGAAAAGCUUGCAGAGAGAAUUUGUGAGAAUGGUUGAAGCUGGAUUCCAUCCUGAUCUUACCACAUUUAAUAUCCGAGCUCUCGCCUUUUCAAGAAUGUCUUUGCUCUGGGAUCUCCAUCUUAGCCUUGAACAUAUGAAACAUGAAAAAAUCACCCCUGAUCUUGUGACUUAUGGUUGUUUUGUUGAUGCAUACUUGGAUAAAAGACUUGGAAGAAAUUUGAACUUUGCUUUGAACAAGAUGAACUUGGAUGAUUGUCCAGUAGUUUUAACAGAUUCGUUUGUGUUUGAGGUCUUGGGUAAAGGGGACUUCCAGUCAAGCUCAGAGGCAUUUUUGGAGUUUAAAGGGCCAAGGGAAUUGAAUUAUAGGCAGCUAAUUGCAAUAUAUCUCAAAAAACAAUAUCGAAGGGAUCAAAUCUUUUGGAAUUACUGACUAGUGGCAGGCUGCUUGUGUACAGAAAAUCUUGACCAGUUAUCAGGGAAAAAAGAGGAUGCUUAAUUAAGAGAUGAUAUUUCAGUUCUUUGGUACAUAGGACUUUGGGAUCAGCGGAAAACCUGUAGCCCUGAAUAGUUUUUGCUUGUUUUAUAUGACAAGAUUGGCGGUUUCCACUCAAGAUUCCUGGGCACUGCAUGUGUAUGCCCUAAAUAGUUUUGAUAUCUUGUUUGGAAAGAUGUAUCCUUUGGGAGGUGUUGGUUUCAUGGAGUCAACUCUGAAAAAGAACUCGAGAAAAUCCUAUUUCACUGAUUGUCUGAUUGUAAAUUCCUUCAUAAAGACUACUUUAUACCAGGAAAAUACUAUAAUGGCAAAGGAAAUUCCACUGGGACAUAAAUUCCCCACUCAUAUGGAAACUGUCAAUGUCACUCUCUCGUUUCCCCCUUUGAUCUCUCUCUCUCUCUCUCUCUCUCUAGACAUUUAUUUUUUUCUUUUUUA